AUGCAACCCCCUUUGCCUUCGUUCACGGAGACUUGGCACAAUGCCUCUUAUCCUGCUAUCUCCCCUUCGAGAAGCGAACUAAGUGUGGCCAACAAGACCAUUAUUGUCACAGGAGCCGGAAGCGGCAUCGGCCGAGCAACCGCCGCAUCGUUCUCUCGCGCCGGAGCAAGCAAAAUAAUACUGCUCGGGCGCACACAAUCAACUUUAGAAGAGACACAAAAAUUGCUAUCCUGUCCUAGCUCCAUCUGUGUAGCCGAUAUCACAGAUGAAAAGCGGAUCGCUGAGAUUGCAGCCUCCAUCGGCACCUGGGAUAUACUACUUCUUGCUGCAGCAUACAUUUCAUCCCCUUCUUCCAUACAGUUUGCGUCUAUUACAGAUUGGUGGCAGAAUCUCGAGACCAACCUGAAAGGCAGCCUCAUUGCCGUGAAAUCACUCCUACCCACCGCUCGCCCAGCCCAUGCUACCGUGAUUGGCUACACGGCCGCAAUUACGUUCCCCGCUACCAUGCUGACAGGCUUGUCAGCCUAUGGUAUUUCGAAGCUGGCAAUCGUAAAGCUUAUGGAAUACAUCGCCGCAGAAAAUCCCUCAAUCUUUACCGCGGCGCUGCACCCCGGGAUGGUCGAAACGGAGAUCUUUAAAGCAUCUGGAACGGACUCUGCCGCUGUGCCUUUGGAUUCUGUGGAACUCUCGGGUGAUUUUGCAGUCUGGCUGGCUAGUGAGGAGGCCUCGUUUUUGAACGGGCGAUAUGUUUGGGCGAACUGGGAUGUGGAUGAGCUUAAGGCAAAGGCAAGCGAGAUACAGUCGGGUCAGCUGUUGACGGCCAGUAUCCAGGGCUGGCCCUUCAAUUCGACCUAG